AGCUUCAGGAAUGAUCUCACUUGUAUCACUUGCUUUCUGCCAAUUGUUUUGAUUAUGGAAGAUGAAGAGGGCUACACAGUAAUACAACGUUCAAAACAGAAUAUCUACGUGGACACUGCUCCCAGCAAGACAGAAGGCCUUUCAAAAUGCUGGAAAAUCACACUCGGGGUCAUACUGGGAGGAAGCGUUGCUUUGAACCUGGUCCUAAUCAUUCUUCUGAUAGUGUUACAGAAACAAGGCGUUUUCUACCCACUGACCUCACACAGUUCAUGUGGAUUGAUCCCAGGUACUUUAACAGACUCCGUGACCUUUGAUCCAGACACUGCUCAUCGCCGCCUCAUCCUUUCUACGGAUCGGAAAACUGUGAGAUGGGGAGAAGAAGAACAGCCACGUCCUGACAAUGCUAAAAGAUUCAACCAGCGGGUGUGGGUUUUGGGCCAGAAUGGGUUCCAGUCGGGAAAACACUGCUGGGAGGUGGAAGUAAAGCAUGAUGGAGAAUGGGCGGUGGGGGUUGCCAGGGAGUCAGUGAAGCGAAAAGGAAUGACCGAUUUUAGCACCAAGGAAGGCAUCUGGGCUAUCGGAGAAUACUGGGGGAAAGGAAAUUACGUGGCUUUUACUGCCCCACAACACACCAAGCUUUCUUUUGAGAAGAAGCCCCGGCGGAUUCGUGUCUUUGUGGAUUACUUCUACCAACAGGUGGAAUUUUUCAACGUAGAAACAAGGACUUCAGUAUUCAUGUUCUUGAAUGCAUCCUUCUCUGGAGAAAGGAUCUACCCCUGGUUCCGGGUGUGGGAAGGAACCGAGCUUGUGCUUCAUCCCUAACACCCAGCGCUUAACGAAAAAGGGAGCUCCUUCUCAUGGAACCUUCUACAACUGGGCACCCUGCUGGCAAGGGUGGGAGCUGGUGGGAGCUGUGGUCUAGCACUUCUGGAGGGUGGCCCUUUGGAGUACACCCCUUGGGAUUGUGAACAUCAUGCAAUCAUGUCUCUUACAGAAAGAGACCUCAACCAUCCAUACAGAGUUAUCGUAACCUCCUUUCAUCUAACACCUUCUGGAAAUUUUGAGAAUUAUAGAUAUCAUCA